AUGUGGGAGAAGCAAAAAAGAGAAAAUUUCGGCCUGGGUGCAUAUGCUCUAAAAAUCCACGUCCCCUCCCACUACCGCUGGACCGUCCCGGACAUCCGCGACGGCCGCGUCCUCCUCGAAGGCGACAUCGAAAAAGAUGAGCGGCCCCCUGUUUUCAAAGAUCUCGCGGUGUGCGACCCCUUGCACCGUCGGUACGUCCUGCUCCCUCCGCUACCUCACGACCUAGCCGCUUCGCUUGAGCACCCGUUCCCCAUGGUGAGCAAGGCCCGGUGCAAGGCUUUCCUCGUUCCCCUUGGCGAGGAGGAGGUGGCGGCGGGAGAAACAACAUUCAGAGUGAUCUUGAUGGCAAAUUGCAAAACUAGUCUGGCUGCCUUCGUCUUCUCCUCAAGCACUGGGCAGUGGGAAGCCGCUGCGUCCAAGGGUUGGAGUGAUUUGGCCCAUAGCGAGGGCGACAUGGCCAAGAUGUCAUGGAUCCACCCUUUUAUUCUCAGGCGCCAUUAUGCUUAUGGCUGCUUCUACUGGGACUGGAUGGAGUUCGGGAGGAAAAAAUUGAUCUUGCUUGACACCAGGAGCAGGAAGAUGGAGUUCUCCGUUGCCGACCUCCCGCCCGGAGAAUGGAGCACGGGAGGAGGAAUAGCCAUUGUGGAGGCAGGGGAAGGCAGGCUUGGGGUCUUUGGUUUCCAUGGUAAAAUUAACUGUGAUCUCAGCUAUACCGUCGCACGGAACAAAGGCAAGAGUCCUAGCCAGUGGCAGAUGGAGAAGACAAUCUCACUAGAUUCUGGGUACAGAUAUUUUAUCAGAGAUGCAACACAGAGGUACUUGCUCUUCACAAGGAUAGAAGCCUCAUCUCUAGAGAAUCCACUUGCUGGAUAUUUCUCAAUGGAUUUCAAGACGUUCCAGCUACAGAGGCUUUAUAACGAUCCGAAAUAUUUUAUGUAUCGGACACACACAUAUAUCAACUUCCCACCAUCAUUCUUGUCUUCAAGUAGAAUAUGA